AUGGACUCCAACGACCUCUUUUCAUUCCUCGAGGACGCGCCGCCACAACCUGCGUCCCCGCCCGCCGACGAAGAUGUCGUUAUGAAGACCGAGCCUACAACACAACCAAAACCAUCCGCCAAGAAGCGCAAGGCUGCGACCCCCUCGAGCGCCCCACAGAAUGGCGCGAGCGUGCCAGAGGCCAAGGACGAGAAAGAGGCAGGCCCGUCGGAGCCCAAGAAGCCCCGCCUGGACUCGCCAAAGCCCAUGGUCGUCGACGAGGCCGAGAUCGAGGCGAGGCGCGAGGUAGCGGCGAGCGCAGGCCUGACGGGCGGAGUCGACGCGGGGUCGAAGUUGGAGCUGCGGCACCAGGUGCGGCACCAGGUCGCGGUCCCGCCUGGGUACCCGUACGUACCGAUCGCGCAGCACGUCCCUCCAGAAAAGCCCGCGCGCGAGUACAAGUUCACGCUGGACCCGUUCCAGCAGGUGUCGGUGCAUGCGAUCCAGCGGAACGAGAGCGUGCUCGUCUCCGCGCACACGAGUGCGGGAAAGACGGUGGUCGCCGAGUACGCCAUCGCGCAAUGCCUGCAGGCGAAGCAGCGUGUCAUAUACACGAGUCCAAUCAAGGCAUGUAAUAGCACUUUCAAUCAGAAGUACCGUGAGAUGCUUGCUGAGUUUGGAGACGUCGGUCUGAUGACCGGAGACGUCACCAUCAACCCAAGCGCAACAUGUCUAGUCAUGACCACAGAAAUUUUACGCUCGAUGUUGUACCGCGGCUCAGAAAUCAUGCGAGAAGUCGCAUGGGUCAUCUUCGACGAAAUCCAUUACAUGCGCGACAAGGAGCGAGGAGUCGUCUGGGAGGAGACGAUCAUCCUACUGCCCACACUGUCCGAUACGUCUUCCUGUCCGCCACCAUCCCGAAUGCCAUGCAAUUCGCGGAGUGGAUAUGCAAAUCUCACGAACAACCAUGCCAUAUCGUCUACACAGACUUCCGCCAACUCCCUUGCAACACUACAUGUUCCCAGCAGGGGCGAAGGCAUCUACCUUGUUGUGAACGAGAAGGGAGAAUUCCGCGAGGACAACUUCACGAAGGCGAUGGGGAUGCUUCAGGAUAGACUGGGAGACGACCCAGCAGACCCCAAAGCUGGCGGGAAGGGCAAGAAGUGGAAGACAAAGAAGGGCGGUGAGAAGAAAGGCCCGUCGGACAUAGCCAAGAUUGUGCGCAUGAUCAUGCUGAAGAACUACAAUCCCGUCAUCGUGUUCGCGUUCAGCAAGCGCGAGUGUGAGGGUCUCGCGCUCCAGAUGUCCAAGCUGGAGUUCAACUCCACAGAAGAGCAAGACUUGAUUACCAGCAUCUUUACCAACGCCAUGGAAAACCUCUCGCAAGACGACCGACAGCUCCCCCAGAUAUCAAAUCUCCUGCCUCUGUUGAAGCGUGGUAUUGGUAUUCACCAUGGUGGUCUCCUUCCCAUCCUCAAGGAGGUCAUCGAGAUUUUGUUCCAAGAGGGUCUCAUCAAGGUGCUCUUCGCCACGGAGACAUUCUCCAUCGGUCUCAACAUGCCCGCGAAGACGGUUGUCUUCACCAGCACGCGCAAAUUCGACGGCCGCGAAUUCCGUGACCUUUCGUCUGGCGAGUACAUCCAGAUGUCCGGACGUGCUGGUCGUCGAGGUCUCGAUGACCGCGGUGUUGUUAUCAUGAUGCUCGACGAGAAGCUCGAGCCCACCGCAGCGAAGUCGAUGAUCAAGGGCGAGGCCGACCGACUAGACUCUGCGUUUCACUUGGGUUACAAUAUGGUCCUCAACCUCAUGAAGGUCGAAGGUAUCAGCCCGGAGUACAUGCUCGAGAGGUGUUUCUUCCAGUUCCAGAACAACGCAGAAAUCCCAGUUAUCAUGGCCGAAAUGGAGAAGGAAGAAGAGCAAGAGGCCGCAAUUCAGGUGGAGGAUGAAGAGCUCGUCGCCACCUAUCACGAUUACCGCCAACAGCUCGACCAGAUGGCCGCCGACUUCCAGGAGGUCAUCACACAUCCAAACUAUAUCCUGCCCUUCCUUCAGCCCGGUCGUCUUGUGAAAGUGAAGCACCAAAAGUUCGAUUUCGGUUGGGGUGUGAUCGUGAACUACCAGAAGCGUGCCAAUCCAAAAAACAAAGCAGAACCGAAAGUUGAGGACAUCCCUGCCCGCGAGCAGUACAUCGUCGACGUCCUCCUCUACUGCACCAAAGACUCCAGCCUGCCCAAAGACCGCAACACCACGACCCCCACCCCCGGCGGCAUCCAGCCCUGCCCCUCCGCGCGCGGCGGCGAGCCCCUCGUCGUCCCCGUCCUGCUCUCCACCGUCGACUCGAUCAGCAACCUCCGCAUCUUCAUGCCCAAAGACCUCCGCCCGCUCGACGCGCGCACGACGACCUUCAAGACCCUCCAGGAAGUCCACGCCCGCUUCCCCGACGGCGUCCCGCUCCUCGACCCGGUCAAGGACAUGAAGAUCACGGACGGCAAGUUCACCGCGCUCGUCGCCAAGAUCGACGUCCUCGAGCGCAAGAUGUUCGCGAGCCCGCUGCACGCGGACGCGCGCCUCCCCGCGCUGUACACCGCGUACGCGCGCAAGCUCGCGCACCGCGCGCGCGCGCGCGAGCUCCGCCGCCGCGCGCAGGCGACGCACGACGUGCUCCAGAUGGAGGAGCUCAAGUGCCGGAAGCGCGUCCUCCGCCGGCUCGGCUUCACGUCCGCCGCGGACAUCGUCGACAUGAAGGGCCGCGUCGCGUGCGAGAUCAGCACCGGGGACGAGCUCCUGCUCACCGAGCUCGUCUUCAACGGCGUCUUCAACCCGCUCUCGCCCGAGCAGUGCGCCGCGCUCCUCAGCUGCUUCGUGUUCGCCGAGAAGGAGGUCGCGCGGCGGAUCGCCAAGGUGUCGCAAGAGUCGAAGCUGACGAUCAACGAGGACGACUACGUGAAGUCGUUCAAGGUAGAGCUCAUGGACGCCGUCGUGCAGUGGUGCCGCGGCGCGUCGUUCUCAGAGAUAUGCAAGUUGACAGACCAGUUCGAAGGCAGUCUCAUCCGUGUCUUUAGGCGGUUGCAUGAGCUCAUCCGGCAGAUGGCUCAGGCAGCGAAGGUCAUUGGUAACGAGGAACUCCAGCAGAAGUUUGACAAGGCGUCGGAGAUGCUGGGGCGGCCGAACUCGGUCAUCUUCUGCUCGUCGUUGUACCUGUAG